AUGCUCGUCCUCCCCGCCAUCAUCCUCGCGGCCCUCGCCCACGCCGCCCCCCACAGCACCCCGCGCCUCAAGGAGCGCGUCCCCGUCCCCCGCAACUGGGUCCGCCUCGCCUCGGCCCCCGCGGACCACACCAUCGCCCUCCGCAUCGCCCUCCCACAGCCAAGGUUCAGCGAGCUCGAGGCACACCUGUACGAGGUGAGCGACCCCGCGCACGCGCGUUACGGCGCGCACCUGUCCAAAGAGGACGUCGAGGCGCUCGUGCGCCCCCAUGCGGAGAGCGUGGACGCCGUCGACGCAUGGCUCGCGAGCCACGGGAUCAAGGAGAGCGACUGCCAUCGCUCGCCCGCGAAGGACUGGGUCAAGGUAGACGUGCCUGUCAGCCUAGCCGAGAAAAUGCUCGACACUAAAUACCACAUCUGGCAACACGCUGAUGGCGACACGCUCGUCCGCACGACGAGCUACAGCCUCCCGGAGCACCUGCACGCGCACGUCGACCUCGUCCAGCCCACCACCCUCUUCAGCCGCUUCCGAAAGCACCGCUCCACCAUCAGCAUCUUCGAGCAAGAUCAAGACCAGGCCGUGCCGGCCGCGAGCGCGAAGCUGAGCGCCGCCGCGGCGUCUGACCAGCUCGUCGACGCGAGCUGCAACACGAGCAUCACGAUCAAGUGCCUCCAGGAGAUCUACAACAUCGGGGACUACGUCGCGAACGGGACGAACGGGAACGCGAUCGGGCUCACGGGGUACCUCGAGCAGUUCGCGAACAUCGCGGACCUGCAAAAGUUCUUUGCCGCGCAGCGCCCUGACGCGGUCAACUCGACGUUCGAGACAGUCUUGAUCAACGGUGGACAGAACGACCAGAAUGUCUCGCUCGCGGGCGUGGAAGCCAACCUCGACACCCAGUUCGCGUUCGGCCUCGCGUUCCCCACGCCCGGCACGUUCUGGUCGACCGGCGGCAGCCCGCCCUUCAUCCCAGACGAGAAUACGCCCACGGACACGAACGAACCAUAUAUCGACUGGUUGUCGUUCGUGCUUAACCAGACCACCCUCCCGCAAAGUAUCUCGACGUCAUAUGGCGAUGACGAACAGACAGUCCCGCAGAGCUACGCUGAGCGCGCAUGCCAGGAGUUCGCCCAGCUCGGUGCCCGCGGCGUGUCGCUGAUGUUCAGCUCUGGCGACGGCGGCGUCGGGGACGGCGACUCGGACCCCGCGACGCAGACCUGCAUUACCAACGACGGCACGAACACGACGCGCUUCCUGCCCAGCUUCCCCGCGAGCUGCCCCUUCGUGACUGCCGUUGGCGGGACGCAGCAUUUCCCCGAGGUCGCGGUGUCGCGGUUCUUCUCUGGCGGCGGAUUCAGCAACUAUUUCGCUCGCCCUGCGUACCAAGAGGCGGCGGUCUCGCAGUACCUCGCUACCCUCCCUGAAGGCACCUACGCAGGACUGUUCAACUCGAGCGGACGCGCCUACCCCGACGUCGCCGCGCAGGGCGAUUUUUUCCUGAUCUUCUUCCAGGGCCAGACGGGCCACGUCGGUGGGACGUCGGCGUCCUCGCCGACGUUCGCGGGCGUCGUCGCGCUGCUCAACGACGUGCGGAUCAACGCGGGACUCCCGCCGCUUGGGUUCUUGAACCCGCUGCUGUACAGCGUCGGCGCGGCCGGCCUGAACGACAUCACGGUCGGGAACAACGCGGGAUGUGGGACGGAGGGAUUCAAUGCGUCGACGGGAUGGGAUCCUGUGACUGGGCUCGGGACGCCGAACUUUGGAAAGCUGAAGGACAUCGUGCUGGCUGCAUGAGUCGGCCGUGUUCGUGUAGCGUUGUACUGACCGAGAUUCCACCACCACCGGCAUCGUUUAACUUACUAGGGAUAUAUCGAUCACUGACGGCGGAGGAGGACGGAUGGAGUAAAUUUAUUGGGGAUUUCUUUUUGUUUGUUCUGUU